GAGAUAGAUACUAUUCAAGACGUUUGAAAAUAUUACAUUGCAUACACACACACGCACACACACAUUCUAUUUCUGUCGUUGAUACGCGAGAUCUUCCCGACAUCCUAGGUACAUAUAAAAAAAGAGCAUAAUCUUAAAACUUGUAUUUUUUUAAAGAGCCUCGUACAGUAUAAUACUUAUCUGAGAUUCUUCGCGGACUUUGGAUUAACAGCAUUCUCUGCAGCCACUCAUAGAAAGUAUUGCCUCAGAUUUUCAGAAACACUUAAGCAAUAGAUACGUGUAUGUGCAUCUGUAAAAGUUGGCUUGUUGAGGAAUAGCAGUUUCUCUGUUCGAAUUACAUCAUAUAAAUCGUAUAAUUUCAAAGUCAAAUUAUGUCUACAACGAUCAAAGUGCUGGACGGUGGAUUUUCUACACAAUUAGCGACUCACGUGGGUGACAUAAUAGACGGUGAUCCUCUGUGGACUGCGCGAUUUCUCGUCACAAAUCCAAAUGCCAUUAUUUCUACGCACUUGGACUUUUUGAAUGCUGGCGCCGGAAUUAUUCUUACGAAUACCUACCAAGCAUCGAUCGACGGUUUUUCCAAGUAUAUUGGUCUAACGGAAGAAGAGAGCCUGAAUUUAUUUUGUAAAGCUGUCGAUUACGCCAAAGAAGCUGUAAACUUAUACAAGAGAGAAACAAAGGCCGAAGGAAAGGAAAUUGUAAACGAGAAUCCAUUGAUUGCUGGAUCCGUUGGACCAUAUGGCGCCUGUUUGCACGAUGCCUCGGAAUAUACCGGCAGAUACUGUUCAUCGGUGUCCGAAAAGAUUCUUAUGGAUUGGCACAGGCCUCGUAUCGAUAAAUUGAUCGCUAGCGGUAUCGACAUAUUGGCGAUGGAAACGAUACCUUGUAAACGAGAAGCAGAAGCUCUGGUUACUCUGCUGAAAGAAUAUCCAAAUACCAAAGCAUGGUUGUCCUUUUCUUGUCGCGACGAUGGACAGAGUAUAGCAGACGGGUCUAGUUUCCAUGAUGUUGUAACGGAAUGUUAUAAAAAAGCUUCACCAGGACAAAUUUUAGCAAUUGGCGUUAAUUGUAUCGCACCACAGAACGUGACACCUUUGUUGAAGGUAGUCAACGGAAAUCGUAAGAAAAAUCUCAUGCCAUUGGUAGUAUAUCCCAAUAGCGGUGACAAAUAUACAGUGGAAUCCGGCUGGAUUCAAAAGCAAGGGGGAUACACUUUACAUCAAUUUGUACACGAAUGGUUGAAUCUGGGUGUUGAAUAUGUAGGUGGUUGUUGUAGGACAAAUGCCGAAGACAUCAAGAAAAUAUGGGCCGAGGUGAACACCUGGCAGGGCAACUAAAAAAACAAACUUUGAACAACUUGCUAACAAACUUGCCUCUAACUCACACGCAAUUUUGUCACUCAGAGAAGCAUCUUCGAGAAUCAAAAUAUUUCUUUGAAUUUUUAUGUAACACUUACAUAAAAAUUCAAAGAAAUAUUUUGAUAUAUAUGUAUGUAUAUAUAUGUAUGUAUGUAUAUAUAAAUAAACUUUCUUUCAAUAUGGACACACGAAGAAUCAAGGAUAA